AUGGACCCCACGGCUCCGUCAGUGCUCAUGCCACUCCUCACCAUGAACUAUCCCUUCAAAGGGAGGGGACUAGACAUUCAAGUCGUCAUUGUACGUACAGUCACUCUAUCAGGAGUGGGAGGAAAUGCAAAUAGCAGAGUGUACGCUAUCACUCCCUGCACCCUGACUAUAUCCAUCACCCCCCGCCCCCUUAUCCCCCAGUUGUACGCUAUCACUCCCUACACCCUGACUAUAUCCAUCACCCCCACCCCCUUAUCCCCCAGUGUCCGCUAUCACUCCCUGCACCCUGACUAUAUCCAUUGUCGAUUGAAAGAGCUUGGCAAACAGUACGAGCUCAGGAUACUGCUAGUCUAUGUGGACACGACUGAGAGCCACCAUGCUCUGCAAGAACUGACCAAGAUGGCUCUACUGGCUGACCUUACUCUCAUACUGGCUUGGAGCCCAGAGGAGGCUGCACGAUACCUGGAAACGUACAAGGCGUACGAAAACAAGCCCCCAGACUUGAUCAUGGAGAGGACGGACAGUGACUUCUCCUCAAGGGUGAUUGACAGUCUGACUACAGUCAAGAAAGUGAAUAAGACUGAUGCUGCAACACUGCUCAAUAAUUUCAAGACAAUGGAGAAACUAGUCCAAGCCUCCAAGGAAGAGUUGACGAUGUGUCCAGGACUGGGGCCACAAAAGGCUCAGAGGCUGUAUGAUUUGUUCCAUGAACCAUUCCUAAGAACUAAGAAGAAGUCAAAAACAGACCUCUAGUUGAAAUGCCCUAUUGCGCAUGCGUGGUUUGGAGAGAAUGUGGGUGUGGUGACUGUUUGCUAUAAAAACGCAAUUUUAGUCAUGUAAUUGUACAAAACUACUAAAAGUCUAUAGUGAGAGUAUACGUUGCUAAAGUGCAGAGAUAUAAAAUGGGUGAGUUAUGCAUUUGUCUAUGAUAAGCACCAGAAGAUAGAUCUAAUAAUUAUAAUUAUUACAAAUCAAGAAGUUGCAGAGCUAUAAAAAAAUUCAAUGGGGCUAAAAAUGUUGUGUUGCUGAAUGUUACUGUAGUCUAGUGUAUAUUUGCACAACCAAUCAAUUCAGUCUACAAUAUGUGGUUAAAUACCUAAAUGUAGAGUAUACAUUCUCAUAAGUGACACGUCACACCACCUAUACAUGGAUGGUUUGUAGUUUAUAACUAUUGUAUUUUGAGAAUUUGUGUAGGAGGCAAUUGCAUUUAACGGAUGCUUAACUGUUUGUCAUUAUAGCAAUGUAUGCAUAGGUAGCUAUAACGAUAGCUAUGAGUUAAGUGAUUGCUAUCAUAGAAAGUGUUCAUUAUGACUGUUCAUUUAAUAUCACUGGACAUAUUUAUUUAAU